AACCUGCAGACACACAAGGGAGCAAACCAACUAUCCACUGGCCCAUGCAGGGAGCAAACCGACUAUCCACUGGCCCAUAGAGGGAGCAAAUGAAAUAUCCACUGGCAAUAUGGGAUUAAAAGUCAAAUACCUGAAACACAAUGGAGGAUUCUAUAACUAUUUACGGUUAUGAUGAAUAUGGGGAUUAUAACAACUACACAUAUGACAAUGUCACUGGUAAUGGAGAGGUUGCUGCUUUCAAGACCCACACAACAUGCUUCACUGAGGUUUCCUGUGUCUUCUACCUGGUGGUCAAAGUGCUCAUCUUCCUGCUUGGAGUACUUGGGAAUGGCCUGGUCAUCUGGAUCGCUGGUCUCAAGAUGAAGGGGACGGUCAGUACCACUUGGUGCCUCAAGCUGGCCGUGUCAAACUUCAUAUUGUGUCUCUUUUUACCGUUUAACAUCAUCUACAUGGUUACAAAAGACUGGACCUUUGGGCUGUUCUUGUGUAAGUUCAACUACUUUGUGACGUUUAUCAACAUGUUCAGCAGCAUCUUCAUCCUGGCCAUCAUCAGUGUGGACCGGUGUUGGGCGUUUGCGGUGUGGGCUCAGAAUAACCGCACCAAGGGCAAGGUGUCUGUAGCCUGGGUUUCCUCUGCUGCCCUGAGCCUCCCCUCUGCAGUGUUUAGAGACGUCAAAACUCAUUUAGGGAGGAGUUUGUGUUAAAAUAACUACUCAGGUCAACACUGGCUGUUCAUUGGUGGCUUCGCAACGGCCUUCCUCGUCAUCUUCUUCUGUUACUCCGCUAGCAACGAGCGACUGAGGACCAGCCAAAUGAUGAGGAAGUCCUCCAAGCCCCUCAGGGUGAUGACUGCCCUAAUUUUCAGCAAUGCUUAA